AUGGCCUCUUGCACUUCUCUUUCUCUUUGUCCUCACACCUUCUGUUGCCGCCACCGCCCUCACCUUACGCGCAGCUCCCUUUCUUGCUCUCUUUCCUCUUCUUCCCUCCCCGAUACUGAUGGACCUAAAGUACUGCGUAAAAGAUCGAGAAGGAUAGAAGGUCCCAGAAAAAGCAUGGAAGAUUCUGUUCAACGCAAGAUGGAGGAAUUUUAUGAAGGACGGGAUGGGCCACCCCUCAGAGUUCUUCCCAUUGGUGGGUUGGGUGAAAUUGGGAUGAAUUGCAUGCUUGUUGGCAACUAUGAUCGCUAUAUCCUCAUUGAUGCUGGUGUUAUGUUUCCAGACUAUGAUGAGCUUGGGGUCCAGAAGAUCAUACCUGAUACAACGUUUAUAAGAAAAUGGAGACACAAAAUUGAAGCAGUUAUUAUAACACAUGGUCAUGAAGAUCAUAUUGGUGCAUUGCCUUGGGUCAUACCAGCAUUAGAUUCUCAUACACCAAUUUUUGCUUCAUCCUUUACAAUGGAGCUUAUAAGGAAACGUUUGAAGGAUCAUGGUAUUUUUGUUCCAUCCCGGCUGAAAGUUUUUAGAACGAGGAAGAAGUUUAUGGCUGGGCCAUUUGAGAUAGAGCCUAUCACAGUGACUCACUCUAUUCCUGAUUGCAGUGGCCUAGUGCUCCGAUGUUCUGAUGGUACCAUUCUUCACACUGGGGAUUGGAAGAUUGAUGAAACACCAUUAGAUGGUAAAGUUUUUGAUCGUGAAGCUCUAGAGGAACUCUCUAAAGAAGGAGUCACGUUGAUGAUGAGUGAUUCAACAAAUGUACUCUCACCUGGAAGGACAAUUAGUGAAUCUGUUGUUGCAGAUGCAUUAUUGAGGAAUAUUUCAGCUGCUAAAGGACGUGUUAUAACAACCCAGUUUGCAUCAAAUAUACAUCGUCUUGGAAGUGUGAAAGCUGCUGCUGAUUUAACUGGAAGAAAGUUGGUAUUUGUUGGCAUGUCGCUAAGAACAUAUUUAGAUGCAGCUUGGAAGGAUGGGAAGGCUCCAAUUGAUCCAUCAACUCUGGUGAAAGCGGAGGAUAUUGAUGCUUAUGCACCAAAGGAUUUGCUAAUUGUUACAACUGGCUCUCAAGCAGAACCACGUGCUGCCUUAAAUCUUGCAUCUUAUGGAAGUAGUCAUGCUUUCAAGCUUACAAAAGAGGAUAUUGUGCUGUAUUCAGCAAAGGUUAUCCCUGGUAAUGAGUCUCGUGUUAUGGAAAUGCUAAACCGCGUAUCAGAGAUUGGAUCAACUAUAGUUAUGGGGAAGAAUGAAUGUCUACACACAUCUGGUCAUGGAUAUCGUGGAGAAUUGGAGGAAGUACUUAGAAUUGUGAAGCCACAACAUUUUCUACCCAUACACGGAGAACUUUUGUUCCUGAAGGAGCAUGAAUUACUUGGAAAAUCAACUGGCAUUCGGCACACAACUGUUAUUAAGAAUGGAGAGAUGCUCGGUGUUUCACAUUUGAGAAAUAGAAGAGUCCUUUCCAAUGGUUUCAUUUCACUUGGAAAAGAGAAUUUCCAGUUGAUGUAUAGUGAUGGCGAAAAAGCAUUUGGUACAUCAAGUGAACUCUUUAUUGAUGAAAGAUUGAGAAUUGCAUUAGAUGGCAUCAUAGUUGUUAGCAUGGAAAUAUUUCGCCCACAAAAUUUAGACAGUCCAGUUGAGAACACCUUAAAAGGAAAAAUAAGAAUUACCACAAGAUGCCUGUGGCUUGACAAGGGAAAGCUGUUAGAUGCACUCCAUAAAGCUGCUCAUGCUGCUCUUUCAAGCUGCCCUGUGAGCUGUCCACUGGCUCAUAUGGAAAGAAUUGUGUCUGAGGUGUUGAGAAAAAUGGUGAGGAAGUACAGUGGCAAACGGCCUGAAGUUAUUGCUAUUGCCGUAGAAAAUCCUGCAGCUGUUCUUGCUAAUGAGAUAAACACAAAGCUGUCUGGAAAAUUCCAUGUUGAUGGGAUAUCGACAUUGAGAAAAGUGGUGGAUGGACAUGGGAAAGAAAAUCAGAGAACCAAAACCCAAAUAAGAGAUCGAAUUGAUUUAGGUGGUAUACUACCUACUGAAGACAUUGCUACUUCAAGUGGAGUUGAGGACGACUUGUCUGAUGCAGAGGUUUCAGAUGAUCUUUUUAAACCACUUGUUGGAUCCUCUCCAUUUGAGAAGACUAUUAAAGCUAACAAUGGUUAUGUUCCACUAAAAGAGAAGUCAUCCCCAUUGAAGGAUGAUGAUUCUGAAGAUUCUGAAGACACUGAAGAAUGCAAUUCUGUAAAUACAUCAAAUUCUGAAUCUAAAUCUUCAAAAUCAGCAAAGAGAAAUAAAUGGAAACAUGAUGAAGUUAAGAAGCUCAUUGGUAUGCGUGGGGAAUUGAAUGACAGAUUUCAAGUUGUGAGGGGAAGGAUGGCCCUCUGGGAAGAAAUAUCUCAGAAUUUGUUGUCUAAUGGGAUCAGCAGAAGUCCUGGGCAGUGUAAAUCUCUGUGGACAUCUUUGUUACAGAAAUACGAGGAGGUAAAGAAUGAGAAGAAUAGCAAGAAAAAAUGGCCGUAUCUUGAGGACAUGGAAAGGAUUCUGUCCACUAGCGAGGCACUGACAACAAAAUGA